CUUCAAUGCGGGUAUGAACUCCAAUCGCGACCCGUUUGGCCUACGACGAACCUCUCCCGCAUCACAACUCUUCAGAAGCGGAAUCAACGGCGUCCAGCAAUCCGCGCAACGCGCACAAGCGCUGUUCGAACGGGGGAGGGAAACAUUCCCUUCGGCAGCAUCUUCACACGACAGUGAUACUCACAUGAGAAUCGAUACGAAUAUGUCUGCAUAUGGCAUAACCAAUGGCACGGCUGCCUCACAUAAUGUCGAUAUGUGGCAGAGCUCUGGACGAUCGCGGUUUCAUCACACUUCGAGCUCGCAGGAUGAGAGCAUAACGGAUAAGGUUGCUGGCAUCUUCUCGGAUUCUAAGAGGCAGAGCUUGCCCAUGUACAAAGAUAAGCCUAGGAAUUAUUAUGGACCGGGUGGGAGAAAGAUGCAUCAAUGGAUGCGGCGUAAAAGAGUGCUUGGAGGAGUGCUAGCUGGUCUGGCGCUUUUCAGUUGGUGGUUUGGCAUACUCAGUCCGCUGUCAUGGUUCACUGGUGGUGGAGAAGUACAUCCGGGCGAAACGAAGAAUACACCUUCAUCGAGCGGGAAAUCUGGUUGGAGCUUGUUUGGCUGGAAAGAGGACGUGGACUGGGCAGAUCGUGCAGAGAGGGUAAAAGAUGCUUUCAAGAUCUCGUGGUCAGGAUAUGAGAAGUAUGGCUGGGGAUACGAUGAAUACCACCCUGUUAGCCAUACUGGAAGAUUUAUGACGCCCACUGGUUUGGGCUGGAUCAUUGUGGAUGCUUUGGACACUAUGAUGUUGAUGAAUCUGACCACUGAACUGACGCACGCGAGACAGUGGAUACAUUCUAACCUGACUUACGAUCAGGACCAUGAUGUCAAUACUUUUGAAACGACGAUUCGAAUGCUUGGUGGUCUGCUUUCCGCUCAUUACUUGAGUACCAUGUUCAACGGCAAAUACGCGCCUGUGUCAGACGGGUUGAGCGACGACAUGUACGUGGAAAAGGCGACAGACUUGGCCGAUCGACUCCUCGGCGCAUACGAGACAAAUUCGGGAGUGCCGUUAGCAAGUGUGAAUUUGCACACCCAAGCAGGUAUCCCGUCUCACGCCGAUGGCGGAGCAUCGUCGACCGCGGAGGCGACAAGUUUGCAGCUCGAGAUGAAAUACCUUGCGAAACUCACUGGAGAGACGCAUUACUGGGAGCAUGCUGAAAGGGUCAUCAAGGUUGUAGACGACAACGAAGCUGAGGACGGCCUUGUGCCUAUCUUCAUCUAUGCAGAUCGCGGCACUUUCAGAGGCGACAAUAUCCGUCUCGGCAGUCGCGGAGACAGCUACUACGAGUAUCUCAUCAAGCAGUACCUGCAGACCAGCCAGCAAGAGCCAGUCUACCAGGAAAUGUGGAAUCAGACUCUGGAUGGCGUCAAGAAGCACUUGAUCACCUACAGCUAUCCGAACAACUUCACUGUGCUCGCCGAACGACCAAACGGACUGCACAAGGACAUCUCGGCGAAGAUGGACCAUCUCGUCUGUUUUAUGGGCGGUACUCUUGCCUUGGGCACCACUGGUGGCAAACCUGUCGCACAGGCCAAGAAGGAUGGACCCUGGGGUGAGAAGCAGGAGGAAGACAUGCGACUUGCUCACGAGCUUACGAAGACGUGUAUGGGCAUGUACCGCACAGCUACCGGUCUCGCGCCUGAGAUUGCCCACUUCAAGAUACAUGAGCCGCCUAUCAUGUACAACGACUUCCCUCAGAAUGCCAAGCCUCAAAGCCCAGCUGAAUUUGCCAAGUGCAAGGACUCGAGGUGCUCUGAGACUGAAGAGGUCGGACACGAUGACUACAUCUUCAAACCAGCCGACUUGCACAACUUGCAAAGACCGGAAACGGUGGAGUCGCUCUUCUACAUGUGGCGAAUCACCGGAGACGAGAUCUACCGGAAGUGGGGAUGGGAGAUGUUCCAAGCCUGGAUCAAGUACACCGCUGUCGAAGAUGGUGAGGGCUUCUCCAGUAUCUCCAACGUGAUGGAGAUUCCGGUCAAUUUCAGGGACAACAUGGAGAGCUUCUGGAUGGCCGAAACGCUGAAAUACUUCUACCUUCUCUUCUCGAAUGACGAUAUUCUCCCAUUAACAGACGUGGUCUUCAACACCGAGGCCCAUCCAUUCCCACGCUUCCAGCUCGGUAAGCUUUUCAAGACUGGCUGGCAACGCAAGAAGUACAGAGGCAAAGAGCCUGCUCAGCCCAUUCAGACCAGGUCUGAGGAAAGCCAGGUACGGGUACAGACUGUCAAAGUGACACGAACGCUGGAGGAAGAGGCCGCGACUGAAACAAAGCUUUCGGACUUGGCACAGCAAGAGGGCGAGAAGAAGGAGAGUGUGCUGAUAGCAUGAGUGAGUCGAUUUGUUGGGAGAUGUAUCAUUACUGAUCUUUAGCGAUGCAUUUGAGCCUCAGGUCUGAGGUCUCUUUGAUGCCGUGAGUGCAGCAAACAG